CCAUCCUCAAUCCAAGCGCAAGUGCGGGCAGUAACACAGUAACAGUGGUACCUGGCCAUUAUUUUCGGCGUUCUUUUAAAUUCCCCGCCACUCCUCUAGUACUUAGCUCCACUGGUGGAGCUCAUCGCCUCCUUCAAAUCCGUUCUCUGGCAACUGAAACUCCUUUUUUUUUUUUUUUUUUCCUUUAUUCAUCGCUGAAUCCAUUAUCUCUCUUUCUCUAGUUUGGUGCGAUUUUUUCCCCCUGAACACGGCGUAUAUUUGGUUUAAGGUAAACUUUCUCCAAAUGACCGAUUCGUCAAGGGAAGGUACUAGCGAUGUGCUGCGAAUAUUAGUGGCUACUGAUUGUCACCUUGGUUAUAUGGAGAAGGAUGAAAUCCGCAGGCAUGAUUCAUUUCAGGCUUUUGAAGAGAUAUGUUCAAUUGCGGAGCAAAAACAGGUGGAUUUCUUACUUCUUGGUGGCGAUCUUUUCCAUGAGAAUAAGCCAUCAAGGUCAACUUUAGUGAAAGCCAUUGAAAUUCUUCGCCGCCAUUGUCUCAACAAUCAACCAGUGCAGUUUCAAGUUGUCAGUGACCAGACAGUGAACUUUGCAAAUUCAUUUGGACACGUGAACUACGAAGAUCCUCACUUCAAUGUCGGAUUACCAGUUUUCAGCAUACAUGGAAAUCAUGAUGAUCCUGCUGGAGUGGACAAUCUUUCUGCGGUCGAUAUCCUUUCAGCAUGUAAUCUUGUGAACUAUUUUGGAAAAAUGGUUCUUGAAGGUUCAGGAGUUGGGCAGAUCACCCUCUACCCGAUUCUUAUCAAGAAGGGCUCAACAUCUAUAGCUCUUUAUGGCCUUGGGAAUAUCAGAGACGAGCGUCUGAAUCGAAUGUUUCAGACGCCACAUGCAGUGCAAUGGAUGCGACCCGAAGCUCAAGAAGGUCAUCAAGUUUCAGAUUGGUUCAACAUACUAGUACUUCAUCAAAACAGAGUGAAGAUGAAUCCUAAAAAUGCCAUAAAUGAGCAUUUCUUGCCGCGAUUUUUGGAUUUUAUCGUCUGGGGACAUGAACAUGAAUGCCUGGUUGAUCCUCAGGAAGUUCCAGGCAUGGGUUUCCACAUUACGCAACCUGGUUCAUCUGUCGCAACGUCACUGAUUGAUGGUGAAUCAAAGCCAAAACACGUGCUUCUUCUAGAGAUUAAGGGGAAUCAAUAUCGGCCAACCAAGAUACCUCUCAACUCAGUGAGGCCCUUUGAAUAUGUGGAGGUAGUAUUAAAAGAUGAGCCUGAUAUUGAUCCUAAUGAUCAGAAUUCAAUCCUUGAACAUUUGGACAAAGUGGUCAGAAAUCUGAUAGAAAAGUCUUGCCAAAAGGUUAUUGACAGAUCCGAACUCAAACUUCCCUUAGUUCGAGUGAAGGUAGAUUACUCCGGGUUUAUGACGAUAAAUCCACAAAGGUUUGGGCAAAAAUUUGUUGGAAAGGUAGCUAAUCCUCAGGAUAUACUUAUAUUCUCAAAAGCAUCAAGAAAAGGUCGUGGUGAAGUUGAUAAAAUUGAUGAUUCUGAACGGCUCCGACCAGAAGAACUGAAUCAGCAAAAUAUUGAAGCGUUGGUUGCUGAGAGUAACCUGAAAAUGGAGAUACUCCCCGUCAAUGAUCUGGAUGUUGCAUUACACAAUUUUGUUAGUAAGGAUGACAAAAUGGCUUUCUAUUCUUGUGUACAAUACAACAUCGAAGAAACUCGUAACAAAAUUGCAAGGGAUUCAGAGAAUCAGAAGUUUGGAGAUGAAGAUGUAAUUGUUAGAGUUGGAGAAUGCUUAGAGGCACGUGUCAAAGAAAGAGGAACAAGGUCAAAAGAUGGUCAAGAGUUCACGUUUAGCGAACAGUCAUUGCAGGGUGGAAGUAAAAGUACUGGGGGAAUUGGAAGUGCUGUUUCCUUCAGUGAUGAUGAGGACGCUACACCAUUCUCUGGUGGAAAGUCUACCAGAAGGGGCAGAAAAGAGACAUCACAAUCUUUUAGGUCCUCUCGUGAUGUUUCCAUAGUUGAAAAGACAACGUCAAGAGGAAGGGGAAGAGGCAGAGGAAGAGGCAGGGGUUCCAGUACAUCGAAGCAGACAACAUUAGAUUCAGUGAUGGGUUUCCGUCAUUCUCAAAGGUCUGCCUCAGCUGCUGCAUCAGCAUCAGUUCGAAGUAUUGCUGAUAAUGAAGAUGUAGUGGAUUCAGAGUCGAAUGAUGAAACAGCUAAACUUGAUGUUAAUGAUAUUGAUGACAGCUCGGAUGGCGGUGAAGCUCUCCAAGGAAAAGGAAGAAAAAGAGCUGCACCAAGGGGAAGGGGUAGAGGCUCUACCUCAACUGCUAAAAGGGGGAGGAAAUCAGACAACUCUUCAUCUUCGCUUAAUAGAUUGCUCAUGAGUAGAGACGACGACGACGAUGACGAUGACGACGAUGAUGAUGUGACAAAGAAAGUUAAUAAACCUAAACCUCCGGUAACUAGAAAUUACGGUGCUUUAAGAAGGUAGCUUUCAUUGGGGAAUCUCCAUGGAUGCAAUGGGGCUCCAUUAAUAUAACUGCGAAUUGAUCGGGAACCAUUUUGAGCGUCAUGAUUUGACAUAUAGCUGUAUAAUUUUAUUUUGAAGAUAGAAGAUGGUUUGAAUUUGAUUUUCCGUGGAUUAUCCUGCAAUUGUGUUCUAGGAAUGAUGGUAAAUAUUCCAACAGGGAGGUGAUACUUGAAAGAGUCGGAGAAAAUGGAGUGAGAUGUCUGGUGGUUGGCUUUUAAAUAUCUUGAGAAUUCCCUUCGAGGCCAACAAGCGAAUUGGAUCCAAAUGGUUGGUUGAAAAGGAACUUGCGAACAGAGAUUAUCUUCAUUCCAGUCUCUUUCUUUGUUAGAAACAUUAAACUUAAAUGAAAUUCCCCUAUUUGGUGGUAAUUAUUUUCAAAAAACAAUGUUUUGAAUAUUGGUUUUUUAGGAGACUAUAUGGUUAAAUAGUA